AUGGCAACAUCCAGAAAGCGCAGCUACAAUGAAAUAGAUGAGAUUUCUAGUGAUGAAUCAGAAACUGAAUCAGAAACUGAAUCAGAAAUGGAAACGGAUGGUGAAACUGGAAGUGAAGACGACUCUGGUAACUCGGAUGUUGAGGAUGACGAAAAUACUCCUUCAGUUUACACAUACAACUACACAUCAAACACGUGGCAAAAAGGCAAUUUUGGACCAACUUUGUUCCCUCGACUGUAA